AUGAUCCAAACAACUCAGUCAACUCGCCUUCCUACCCUCGAUAAGCUCGGAGCUUCACUCUCUGCGGACGUCGACGUUGACAAAGUCGCCGCAGACUGGCUUCAGGCCUUCGCGUCCGAAGCCAAGGUUGGCAACGUCGAUGGCGUUUUGAAGCUGUUCCUUGAAGACGGAUACUGGCGAGACUACCUUGUCCUCACCUGGGAUUUCCGCACUUUUGAUGGCUCUAAUGCGAUCCGCCAGUUCCUUGCGGAUCGUCUGGCUGGCGCGAAGCUUGAUGCCUUCACGCUUACGGACUUCGUUCGCCUGGAACAGCCGUAUCCCGAUCUGGCUUGGAUCGUGGCGAUAUUCAACUUCGAAUCCGACGUCAGCGUCGCGUCCGGUGUAGUGCACCUCGUGCCUACAGCGGAUGGGUCGUGGAAAGCGCACCAGCUGUUCACUACGAUGGAGGACCUGAAGGACUUCCGCGAGAAGACGGGUUCUCUUCGCAGCGUCGAGCACGUUCCCGGUACUAAAUGGGCCGAGAAGCGUCGCCGAGAGGCAGCCUUCGAAGAUAGUGAUCCGGCGGUGCUGAUCAUUGGAGGCGGACACAGCGGACUUGAGCUCGCUGCGAGGCUGAAGUAUCAUAACGUCCCGGUUCUCGUUGUCGAGAAGACUGCUCGACUCGGCGACAAUUGGCGCUCGCGGUAUGACACUCUCUGCCUUCACUGGCCGAUAUGGUAUGAUCACAUGCCAUACGUCCCGUUUCCUCCUACAUGGCCCUUGUACACCCCUUCGCUGAAGAUGGCCGACUGGAUCGAGUCCUAUGCUCACCAUCUCGAGCUGAACGUCUGGACUGCGACAACAGCUCUGCAGGCGACCCGAGGUCCCGAUAACAAGUGGUCGGUGCUCGUGAGACGCGGUGACGGCACAGAGCGUGUUCUGCGCGUAAAUCAUCUCGUAUUCGCUACUGGCCUUGGCGACGCCACGCCAAACAUGCCUGUGAUCCCCGGGAUGGACAAAUUCAAGGGCCGGAUCAUGCAUUCGGCCCAGUACAAGAAUUACCAGGGCUUCGAAGGGCAAAAGGUCGUUGUCAUUGGCGCUGGUAAUUCAGUGUAUGGAGGGCAUGAUGUUGCGUCGGAUCUGGCCAAAGCCAACAUAGACGUAACUAUCUUCCAACGGAGCUCCAACUUCGUCAUGAACCUCGACAAGCAGUGGAAGCACAUGGGCGGAGCCCUUUACUCUGAGAACUCCCCGCCUACUCCCAUUGCUGAUCUCCUUCAUCACUCCGUUCCCCAUCUCGUCCAGGAGAAUGGCCUCGCUCAGCGAGCAGUGAAGAAGAUCGUCGAGGGCGAUAAGGAGUUGAUUGAGAAACUCGAGGCCGUCGGAUUCAAGACGAAUCUUGGCAUCAAGGAUACGGGUGUUCUCAUCCUUCUGAAGACUAAGGCAGGAGGGCACUACUUCGAAACUGGGGCCAGUCAGAUGAUCAUCGACGGACAGAUCAAGCUCAAAAACGACAGCCAGGUCGCAUGCUUCACUGAGACCGGCCUCAAAUUUGAAAACGGCUCCCAACUCGAAGCCGACACGGUCGUCUGCGCAACCGGAGUGGGCGAUACCAGGAACUCCAUUCGUUCUGUGUGCGGGGAUGAGGUCGCCGACACGUGCAACCCUAUCUGGGGCCUUGACCAAGAGGGUGAGAUUCAGGGCGUUUGGCGCGACCUCGGAGUGCCUGGACUCUGGUACAUGAUGGGCCCCCUCCAAAUGGCACGUUUCUUCUCGAAGCUCAUGGCUUUGCAGAUCAAGGCCACGGAGGAGGGCAUCUUCGGCACUCGGUACAGUAUCAAGGCGGAAUCAGCUUAA